AUAUUUUAUAAGAUGCACGGAACAGUACCAGAUGACAUUGAUUACAUCAAUGAUACUCCAACAGUACAGGAGUAUAAGAAGUUGAAGAGAGUUAUGAAGAUUAUGGUCAAGUUCUACGAGGGUGGCAGUGCAACCAAGUUGCAACAGGCCGAGCACUUUGAGUCAGAGUUGAAGAAGGUCACCGACGACGAGGCAAUGGUGCUGGCCCAACUCGAGUCGCUCAAGACAUUCCCCCUGCAUCCCAAGCGCAGAGAGUACGAGGAGGAGCUCACCGAGGAGAUCGAGAAGCUGCAGUCGCACAAGAAGAAGUUCGCCGUCAAGGCCGACGAGUUCCGUCGUCUGCACGUCUGGAGCAACGGCAUCGUCGACGUCACCAAGUGGCUCGAGGAGGGCCUCGACGACUACUGCGUCAACCACCUCAAGAUGGACCUGGGCAUCACCGUCACCGCCCCAGAGAAGCUGACACGCGAGCAAUACAUAUACUUCAAGGAGGGUCUCGACGAGAUCACCUACAAUCUGCAAGAGUCACAGGACUUCUUCUGCGCCUCACUGGACGGCCGUCUGCGUCAGUACCACGGCAUCGAGAAGUCCAUGAUCGAGGCCCAGAUCGAGACCGUUAAGAAGUUCGACGCCGAGAACCCACGCCAGCAGCACAUCGUGGCCGAACUCGAGGCCGACCUUCAGUACGUCAUCACCAACAUGACUGAGGACCCCUCGUCGCUCGCCAAGCGCAAGCGCAUGCUCGAGAUGCACAGCGACUUCUUCAAGGUGCUGCGCUGGUACAAGGACAAGAUGAAGGUGCUCGGAGAUGAGUACGGCAUCGUCGAUCAGGACAAGCGUUCCGAGGAGGAGAAGAUCAAGAGUGCCAUGUCCACUCAGGUCGAGUUCAUGUCCAACCUGACACCAGAGAACACCCCAGAGCUGGAAGCCCUGAAGAAGAUGCAUCUCGAG